AUGCUUUAUCACAAGGGUAAUGCUGCAAUGUCGACGCGCGCGGUGAGGGCGGCGCUGCUGUGCGCAUGCGCACUGCUCUUGCAGUACGCCAGUGGCGAGCUCAGAGGAAGAUGUCCGGCAGAGGAGGUCGCGUGUCCGGCGCGAGCGACUCCGUGCACCGCGGACGAUGAAUGUGGGGAACAAAUUUGCUGCAACACUGCGUGUGGCCGAGCCUGUAUCGAUCCUUUGUUCACCGGUUGUGAAAACAUCAAAAUGUCAUCGGAGCGCAUAUCGCGGGCGCUGGCAGCGGAGAAUAGUCGCGGUGGCAGGGGUGCGUCCCGCAGUGUGCGGACGCCGCGCUGCAGGAUGUCGGACGGCGAGUUCGAGGAGGUGCAGUGCGACAACGAGAUCGUCAGCGCCUGCUGGUGCGUGGACGCGACAGGCUUUGAGAUCCCGGGCACGCGUGCGCCGGCCGCAUCGCUGGUGAACUGCACGCGCACGGCGGCGUGCGCGGCGCACACGUGCCGCAUGCUGUGCCCGCUCGGCUUCGAGCUGGACGCGCGCGGCUGCCCGCUGUGCAAGUGCCGCGAUCCGUGCGCCGGCGUCACCUGCCCCGGACACCUGGACUGCCAGCUCGAGGAGACGCCCUGUCUACGCCCGCCCUGCCCACCCGUACCCACCUGUAAACGAGGCAGAAGUCUACAAAACAUAUGCCCAGUUGGGGAACCACUUCUAAUCUCGGAGACGAGCCGGCCAUUCCUCUGCGGCACUGACCCUGGCAAGCCAAACUGUCCGCCGCUUUACAAAUGUCUUGUGGAGCAAGGUAACGAUUACGGCGUGUGCUGCCCAGCGUCUCUAGACCUUCAGAAAGCCGGCACCUGCCCGGUGCCCACUAAUAGUACUGAAGAACUCGAUUGCGGGACCCCGUGUGCGCACGACCUGGAAUGUCCGUCGAUGCAGAAGUGCUGCGAGGGCGGCGAGUGCGGGCGCCACUGCACACUGCCGCACAACGUGACGCUGUGCACGCAGCAGAAGCUGCUGGCCGAGCUGCUGGUGGUCAGCGAGAGAGAGGGCAGGGGCUACGUGCCGCAGUGCGCACCAGACGGCUCCUUCGUCACCAAGCAGUGCUCGAGAAAUGGACUGGUUUGUUGGUGCGUAGACAGCGAGGGCAACAAAGUGCGCGGCUCGAUGGGCCCGGCGGAGACAGUGCACUGUACGGUGAUGCGCGCGGCCCGCACGCGGCCGCGCUCGCUGGCGGACUGCCCGCGCGCGCUGUGUGCCAGCGUGUGCGAGUACGGUUACCGCAGCGCGGACGACGGCUGCCCCAGCUGCGAGUGCGACGACCCGUGCGAGGGCUUCCCCUGCCCCGAUGACCACGAGUGCGUGCGAGUGAAGGACUCCGACUGUACCGGCGACCUGUGCAACGGUUACCCAGUAUGUCGUCCGCGGGUAUCGUACGAGAACCCGUGCAGCGUGGGCACGCCCGCGGCGGACGAGGCAGGCGGUGUGCUGCGCUGCGAACUGCGCGCCGACUGCCCCGCCGGGCACGCGUGCGUGCAUGGGCGCCGCGCGGCGCCCGUCUGCUGUCCCGACAACUAUACCGACACCGACACUGACACCGACACCGACACCGAACUCGUAGAGAUCAGUUACGAAUCGUGCGGCUCGGACGUGGAAGCGGUCUGCGAUCUGAACUCGACUAGGAGUUGUCCAGACGGCACGUGUGAGGACGAGUUCAUGUGCUGCUCCACUGCGGCGUGCGGGCCAGUUUGUGUGGACCCCGCCAAGUUGCGUCUGCAGACCGACCGGGCUGAUAAUACUCCUACAAUGUGCGAAUACCUGCGCGACUUCGACGAAAAGAUGGAGGGUACAGUGGACGGCAUGAAGCUGGCGCUGCCGCCACCCACGUGCGGCGCGGACGGCGCGUACACGGCGCGCCAGUGCUCUGCUGGCCGCUGCUGGUGCGUCGACUCCUUCGGCACCGAGAUACCCGACACCUCCACCAACAACGCCUCGCUGAUCGACUGCGAGAAGGUGCGUUCGGAGCUGUCGUGCCUGGAGCUGACAUGCCGCAUGGGCUGCGACUACGGGUUCGAGCUGGGCGCAUCGCGGUGCCCCACGUGCCGCUGCCGCGAUCCGUGCGCCGGCGUGCAGUGUCCCCGCGGCCGCGCAUGCGCGCUCGUCGAUGUCGCCUGCGACGCGGACUACUGCCCGCCCGUGCCAGCCUGUGAGUCAUGCAAUUAUCAAACUAUGUCACUGCGACUGCGGGUUCGAGCUGAGCGCGGCACGAUUCCCUACGCGCGUGGUGCCCACGCAAAAUAUCAACUCGUAAAAGUCUACUGCUUAAUAUGGGCUCUUCCCGUGUAA